CUAAGCCCAUGCACGUUCGCCACACUUACUACCAUUGUUUUUGCUUUUAGCCGAGAGAUUAGACUUAGAACUACAAGACAGCGAACUACUACUUUGUACCACGAGAAGAGCACGAGCAGCCUAGAUACCAACAACAGCAGCGACGAUGUCCGGAAACAACAACAAGAACAGCCAAAACAUGAGCACGCCAAAGAAAAACGACGCGUCGCAAAUCACCGAGUCCUUAAAGAAGCAUUACUUGCAGGUGGAGAAUCGCAAUACCAAGCUUGUCAAUUUUAUUGAGACGCAGGCACUAUACUUUUCCCCAUGCUGGUUUUUCAUAUGUUAUUAUAAUAUUAGUUUUUUAGCAGGACUCUCCUUGUACUAGUUCUUAUUCCAAUUCCAUCCCUUUCUAUCCAGCAACUCGUCUGAAUUCAAAUUUAGAUUUUUUAGAAGUACAGAUCAAUACCCAACUGAAUUCGUCAACCUACUACAGGCUAAGAAGACCUACCAAGCAACUGACAAAGCGAUCACUGCAGCGGUUCGCGCGAAUACCACUGGUGCAUAAAGUUAAGUUCUUCUUUAUCAUACUAGUCGUAAUUCAUCUUAGUAUUGACCUCGUCCUCAUAUUUGAUGAUGCCCGCAACCAAGUGCAACUUCUGAAACAUCCAACGUGUUCUCCUUUCAUCUCAUCUCAUCUCAUCUCAUCUCAUCUCACACACACACACAUGCAUACAAACGAAACUUUUCAGCCAACGAAAUUUCCACGCGCUACCUUUCUCUGCGCGAAAACAUGGCUGCCACGGCUGCUGCUGCUGCCGCUGCCGCAAGCUCGGCUACGACUACCCCAGCGACUGGCGUGCCUAGCUCGUCCUCGUCCUCGUCUCUGCAAAUUGGAGAACCUACCCUCAGCAUCACGGCAACUUAUUCGGCGCCGUUGCAGAACAACACCGUCCCCAUCAUCUUCCAGCAGAACCGCAGCGCAGCUGCAUCGCCGUCCGACGACGCACGCGUCGCCCCCAACCGCGUGGAGGAAAACAAUGCUGAGGCAUCCAGCGACAUGGAGUUCUAAAUCUAACUCGGAAUAUGAAUAUAUACCAGGAGGAAGAAUGAGCUUUGUAGAUUGUGUGUUGCUGUUUUUUUGAUGAAGUUACUGAGAGAGAAGCUACUAGCUGCACGACUAGGCAUUCAGAGAAACUAGUACUUCAUCUAGAGCAGUCGCGUGCAUUGUAGAGGAGGAGAGUUUAUUACUUGAACGAUAGGAAUCGCGAUGGUAGUACUCGGACUAGCACUGGAUGAUGAGUCUUCCAGAUCACUGGUUCGGGCAUGUCCUUUGCGUGACUUCCUUCAAUAAGUAAGCACUUCUAAAUAUUAUGAAGCAAGAUUUUUAGAUUUAUAGACGAUUGAAGUAGAAUCAAUGUUCUUUGUGUGAUGGGCAUGUUCUCGAUGACUUAUCUUGAUAAAAAUCAGCACUAAGAUAUCGUGAGCAUGUCCAUAAAUUUAACUUCUCGUUCUUAGUCUCCGGAUAGGUCCGCUUGCCUGAGUUUCCGCUUCGCUGAUUAUGUAAGUGUGAGCAUCUCCCCCUUUGUGACUUUUCUCAUACCGUCUUGAGUCAUCUGUUGUUCUUAAUAUUUAUUUCAAUAUUAUAAUAUUUUUAAUAUCAUUACAGGACGUAGAAGACCUUACAUUAUUAUUAAUGAAUUUUUAUUAUUUAAGAAAGAUAAUUAUAAUUUUUUCAUAUUAUGAUGAAUUGAUUUAGAUCGGUAUUUUCUUCAUGAAAAGUAUUCAUAUUAAACAACUUGAUGUAGUGAAGAUAUGUGGAAAGUUAUGAUCUACUUCAUCUUUUCAGUGGAUGACUCUUUCUCGUCGCGUGUGGUUCUGUCUUUUCUCAUGAGGCAGGACAGGGCUGCGCCGACAACUACUUUCUUUCUCACAUGUUGGAGCUGUUUGUCGUAGAAGCAGAGCUAAGACAUUGCUGGAUGAAUUGAUUGGUUGACUGGUUGACAAAUCACUGAUUGACUCAGAGUGCAAUCCCUACACGACAUCGCUGACUCCGACAUGAAUCAAACCUGCCUGCAAGGCUUGAACCUUAUAGCCUGGACCAUUCUGCAUGUUGAUAAAGAAGUAGAAGAGACCCAGUGCCAUAAGAU